UGUAGUGGAACUAAACUUUCUACAUGACUUUGUACUAGUAGUAUGUGAGGCGAUCUCGAAAGUUGUCCAGUGCGGCGUAUAACCUGAACAACCUCUCAGACUGCAGCAGUUGGCAAAUGUGUCGAGGCAUGUAGUCUACAAACAGAGGAAUAGUGGAUAAGAGUUGAGACGCUGAAGUUCGUCGCUGGCCAUGUCAGUGAAUUAUGCAGCUAGCCUGUCCCCGUACGACAAUAAAGGGAAAUGCGGACAGGCAGAGGUGUUCGAGGAUGAAGGCAGUGUUCGAGAAAAAUGCCGUGAGCUGGCAAAGUAUAUCAAGGACAGCCGACAUGUAGUUGUACACACUGGUGCUGGUAUUAGUACAUCAGCCGGCAUACCUGACUUCCGUGGCCCUAAAGGUGUGUGGACGCUGGAGAAGCGUGGUGAAUCGGUCUCUGCCAAUGUCACGUUUGAAAGAGCUCAGCCGACGUACACACACCGGGCACUGUUGAAGCUGCACCAGGCUGGCCAUGUGCAUUAUAUUGUCAGCCAGAAUGUCGACGGCCUUCACCUUCGCUCUGGCUUUCCCAGGUGUGCUCUAUCCGUGUUGCACGGUGACAUGUUUAUUGAGAAGUGUGAGAAGUGCUCUGUAGAGAAAGUACUGGACUCGCCAGUCAAGACAAUAGGCAAGAAGCGAAACGGCAAUGUCUGCCAGGCCAAGAAAACACGUGGAGUGUGUCGUGGUCACAUGCGGGAUACAGUUUUAGACUGGGAGGAUGACUUGCCAGAACCAGACUUUGAGAACGCUACGCUGAAUUCGAAGAAGGCAGACCUGUCCAUCUGUUUGGGGACCACCCUGCAGAUUGUACCUGCUGGCACCCUGCCACUACAGGCAUUGAAACAACCUAAUGGCAAGCUGGUCAUCUGUAACUUGCAACCAACCAAGCAUGACAAGAAGGCAACGCUCAUCAUCCAUGCCCGCGUCGACGACAUUAUGUCGCAUGUAAUGGAGUUCCUGGGCCUUGCCAUCGAUGCUGAUGGUGGCAGUGGCUGUGGUGCAGGUGCCAUGUUGAAAGCAGAACCGUGUCAGACUACAUUAGAAGCUACACCAGCAGAGGCAACAGCGGCACACUUGGAUUCUCCGCGCACAGCUACUGUUACUGCCGGUGGCACGACUGCUGGUAGUGGUGGGGCUAGUAGUGCUGUAGGUUCUGCCAGUACAUGUGCACAACCGGGGACGGACGCUGACACUUCCCACAAAUUUGAACCGCAUGACAAUGCUAGCACGGCAAAUAGACACAAUGAUCCGUCCUGAGGCAUCCUGGGACGGCAUGCUGUGAAGCAUUCCGAGUCUACAUCGCUACGUCCGUGACCUGUGUUGCAUAGGAAGUUAGGAACUGUUCAAUACACCAUAAUGAAAGGUUAGUGUCAGUGUCGGUUGGUGCUGGACUCCAACAAUAUCGCACGUAGACAGACUGUAGACAGACUGCCGGUGGUUAGGCUAUGUGCUCCUAGGCACUGUGCCGUCAUGUCUGAUACUUAUCCGAGAUUUGCAGAGGAUUAUUCCACUUGACCCGUCACGAUCAGAGGAGAGGAGGAGAGCAUCACUUUGUUCUUAUGACCUGAGGCAGUGCAGCGUAGUAUAUUCUUCCAUUGCAUAAUCACUGAGUGCUGAGAGAGUCACAUCAACCUCUUUUUCACAUUGUAGAGUAUUGUCACUUUUAACUAUUAUAUAUCUAGCAGGCUGCUUUAUUUGCGGAGAGAGUAUCUAGUCAUAGGAGAAGUCAUUGUCCCCACACUGGGUACUGGGCCACAGUUCUAUUCUUCACACUUGCACGUUACUAGAACUUGUUAAGGUUUUUCUUAGGGCUCAGUCACACUGUUUGAACAGGACGCAACCUAAUUUUAUUUCUGCUGUGUAUGUGUGUAUUUCAAUUUUCAACACCCAGGAGGAUAGAUAGAGAUGCCCCAUGGUUCGCUCAAGCGAUUAGGGUUUUUUGGUACGGUUUCUUUGAAAUUCUUUCUGUUUUGUCUGUUCGUUUGUUUUGGAGACUUUGUUGCUUGUCUGUCCUCCUUUUUAACUAUAGUGUCGGAACUGCAGACAAGCUAG